CCGUGGCGGAGGCGGAAGCCGAGGUGGAGGCUGAGGUGGAGGCUGAGGCCUCAGUAGAGGAGGCGGCGGCCACCCUGGGGGAGGCGGCGGCCGCCCUGGCGGAGGAGGAGGCGGAGGCCGCCCGGGUGGCGGCGGCGGAGGCCAGCGCGGCCGAAGCCGCCGCCGCAGCAGCGGAGGCUGCGGCGCCCCCCCUGGGAGAGGCGGAUGCGGAUGCGGACGAGGAGGUGGCGGCGGCCGUGGCGGCGGCGGCUGCUGCGGCGGCGGCCGCUGUCGUGGAUGCAGAUGCGAAUGCCGAGCCGGGCGGGGGUCCCGAGGGGAACCCAGACUUUCCCAUGGCCUCGCUGUACGUGGGCGACCUGCACCCCGAAGUGACUGAGGCAAUGCUCUACGAGAAGUUCAGCCCAGCCGGGCCCAUCCUCUCCAUCCGCAUCUGCAGGGACAAGAUCACCCGCCGCUCCCUGGGCUACGCAUAUGUCAACUACCAGCAACCGGUGGACGCAAAGCGGGCCCUCGAGACCCUGAAUUUCGAUGUGAUCAAGGGCAGGCCGGUUCGCAUCAUGUGGUCCCAGAGGGACCCCUCGCUCCGCAAAAGCGGGGUGGGCAACGUCUUCAUCAAGAACCUGGGCAAGACCAUCGACAACAAGGCGCUGUACAACAUUUUCUCAGCCUUUGGCAACAUCCUGUCCUGCAAAGUGGCCUGCGACGAAAAGGGGCCCAAGGGCUAUGGGUUCGUGCACUUCCAGAAGCAGGAGUCAGCCGAGAGGGCCAUAGAUGCGAUGAAUGGCAUGUUCCUCAAUUACCGCAAAAUCUUCGUGGGCAGAUUCAAGUCCCAUAAGGAGCGAGAGGCUGAAAGGGGAGCCUGGGCCAGGCAGUCUACCAGUGCUGACGUCAAGGAUUUCGAGGAAGACACCGACGAGGAGGCCACCUUGCGAUGAACACAUCCAGGAGCAUCCAGCCAGCAGAGCCAAAUCUUGGCUUCCACCCGGUUUACAGACCCCCGCACCUCCCCAGCCCCACCCCCCCCAGCCCAACCCACCAGCAG